UUGUCCAUUGAGGAGAGCAAGACACCGGGCGGUUUUUUUUUGUUGCAAUUUCACCGUCUUAGACCACAGUUGAACGGACACUGCUGUUACCCCGCGUAGCUGCAGUUUCAACCAGAACUAGCGAACUUAGCGCGGCUUCGUUCGUUCAUCAGGUUAUAACUCGCUAACGUUGUAUGAGCCGAGCGAGUGCUAAAAGGAGUACAUCCGAGUUCGACAUAGAGUCAAGCCCAGCACAGAAGAAAAUCAAAAUGGAAGACACAAAGUACCUCCCGGAGCUCCUGGCUGAAAAGGACAGCUUGGAUUCAUCCUUCACGCACGCCAUGAAACUUAUUUCUGCAGAAAUCGAGAGGAUCGAGAAAGGUGAAACCAAGAAAGAGCUAGAGAAGGAAACAUAUCUUGACCUGUUUGCUACGAAGAAUCUCAAACUCAAAGAGCGAGUUCUCAUUCCUACCAAGCAGUACCCCAGGGUCAACUUUGUUGGAAAGCUUCUGGGACCUCAGGGCAGCACAAUCAAGAGACUUCAGGAAGAGACAGGUGCCAAGAUUUCAGUUCUGGGUAAAGGUUCCAUGAGGGACAAGAAUAAGGAGGAGGAGCUGAGGAAGGGUGGUGAGGCCAAAUAUGCUCACCUUGCCAUGGAGCUGCAUGUGUUCAUUGAGGUGAUGGCACCCAUCCCUGAAGCCUACCUGCGCAUGGCCCAUGCCAUGGAGGAAGUCAAGAAGUUCCUUAUCCCGGAACCUGGCGAGCACGAUCCCUACAUGGACCCUCACUUUUUGAAUGGAUCUCAGGAUGGUUCAGGCAGGGGACGUGGUGGUCACCUCGGACGGGGCAGAGGUGGACCACCUGGUGCUGGAGGACCAAGAGGCCGUGGAAUGCCACGCGGUGGACCUCGAGGAGCCAUGCGUGGUGGAGCUCCACGUGGUGGACUAGGACGGGGCAAUGCUCCUAGAGGUGCACCAUCGGGAAGGGGUGGACCACCCUCUAAUUCUAACAGAGGAGGUUCAGCCGCCCGGUCCAGACCCCCCGCAGCAGGAGCUCCGAGGAUGCUCCCCUCUGCAGCCAUGUCCCACCAGGCAGGUCCUCCUUCAGGGUCACAACCCAAAGCUGAUGGCUAUGAGGACUAUCCUCCAUAUGAAGAAUCGUAUGCAGAGCCUGCCUAUGAGGGAUAUGAUAACUACUACAGUCAGCAGUCUGCACCAGCGGAUACUGAAUAUUAUGACUAUGGACAUGGUGAGGCCCAGGAAGCAGCAUAUGAGCCUUAUGCUCAAGAUGACUGGGACAACUCAUGGUCCAACUCUGGCGGUGGAGGCAAGGCCCCAAUGUCCAGGCAGGCAAAGGGAUCGUACAGAGAGCACCCAUAUGGAAGAUACUGAACGGCUACUGGUAGAGAGUUGCUAUUGCAACUGUCUCAGAUUGUAACUCUCUGAACUUUUCAAAAGUAAUUUCCCUCUCGUCGGCUCCCUUUUUUUUAUGGUUUUAUUUUAUUUUUGUUUUUUUAAAACUCGGUAGAGACGUUUUGUUGGAUGUAUCAUAGAAUGCCAGAGGAGAAACAUUGAGGUUUUUCAUUGUUUAUACCUGUUUCCAUUUAAUGUUUGUUUCAGUUGCGUAGUUGGCAGUUGAGGUCCUAGUGACAUAAACCUAACAAAGGAACAAGAGUGACAUUUUAGUGAUAUUUGAUGGUUAUCGAAUCAGUUAAUUGUUCUUGACAAAACGUGAUUGUGGCGAUUACCUCCUCUCAUGUAGGCUGCAUUUUUUAAAAGUCCUUCAUGACUGCACAAAAAUUAUUCAUAACACCUCAAUGUAACUUUACUAUAACUAGAAAAGAGUUAGUUGCAAUCUCAAACACAGCCCUGAGCUGUUUUGAUUUUAAAAACAAAAGUCUAUUCUCAUUUGAUAAUAAUGCAAUACAAAUCUAGUCUUGUAUGAAGUUAUCUCCCAAAAUACUAUUGCAAUCCAUUUGACAAAGAAAAAUGCCUCUAUUUUUGCCAUCCUUUACAAUUGGUAAUCAUAUGUCGAAUAAUUUCAUGCAAAAUCAUCGCCUAUGAUCGACUAAUUCUUGUAAAGCUUGAAGGAUUAACAAUCCUAAUUGUGUGUAAGAAAGGCUGCAGCCAACUCGACAUUUUGUACAUAACUUUAGGACAACUGUGUAUGCUUUAAGCCGUGUCGUCUCCAAAAUGCAUAAUGCUUGUGUACCUUUGGCUAAAUAGGUUACUAAAUAUAUCCCAAAAUGUUUUUCUGCAGUGCGUGUUUCAAUAAAGUUUCUAGUUUCUUUUUAAUCAAUCUAAACAUGGUAUUUUGCCUUUGUUGUACCAAAGGAAUGCCUUCAGUUUGUGAAAGUGGUCCUCACUGGUUUCUCAACAACGCUGAAUAAGCUGUAUGUAUACACGUCAGCCUGACAAAAAAAAUCAAAAGCAGUGUUUUGACAAUGAGCUUAUCCUCUUCGUCUGUCUUCAAAACUACUCUAAAUGACACUUGUAAUGUCACCUUCAAAAACAAAUAAAGCUCAUCAUUCCUUGA